AUGUAUAAAGAGAGUUCUCUUUAUCAUCCAUGGUUCAAAUGUGGUCACUUCUGGCUCCAAAAAUCCAAGAUGGCUACGGCCAAAAUGCAAACUCGAGGCUUCAAAAGGUGGACGGAAACCAAUGGAUGACGUCACGGUGGCUACGUCCAUUUUCUUAAAAAACAGUCUGUCAACACAACGCCGGUUACCCAACAACUGAACCUGACAUAGCACCGGCGCUAGCUUGCAAUGGCAACACGCUGGGGGAUAUGCAGUGCAGGCAAGAUUAGUCAUGACUUCUCGGUUGCUUUACGGACCCUAACUCCCGAGGACCACGAGAUAGUGGCUGUUGCAGCAAGGAAUCUGCAGCAUGCUCAAGAAUUUGCCAAAAAGCACAACAUCCCUCGAGCAUAUGGAAGUUAUGAUGAGCUGGCACAAGAUCCAGAUAUUGAUGUGGUUUACAUUGGCACCAUCCAUCCUUACCACCUGAGUACUGGCAAGCUUUUUAUGAAGUCCAAAAAGAAUGUACUCAUCGAGAAGCCCUUGGCCAUGAAUUCAAGGGAGGUGAAGGAACUCAUCACUGCAGCCCGAGACAACAGUGUCUUUCUCAUGGAGGCAAUCUGGACACGUUUCUUCCCUGUAUCCCUGGAAGUGAGGAGGCUGCUGGGCCAAGGUGAGGUGGGUGAUGUUCAGAUGGUAAGGGCUGAUCUGGGGGCUCCUCUCACCCACAUCCCCCGCCUGGCUGAGAGGGAGCUCGGUGGAGGGGCACUGCUGGACCUGGGCAUCUACUGUUUGCAAUUUGUCUUCAUGGUCUUUAAUGGUGAAAGGCCUGAGUCCAUCCAAGCCACAGGACAUUGCAUAGACUCAGGUGUUGAUGGAACUGCAGUUUUGGUCCUGAAGUUCUCAGGAAACAGACUAGCCAUUUGCACUUGUUCCAUCACUAUGAUGUCGACCUGUGAUGCUGUUAUCAUUGGGACCAAAGGCACCAUUAAGAGUCCUGCACCAGACAGCAACAGCAACCAAGAUUGCCAGGUACCCAACCAUAUGUGGUGCCCCACAACCUUGGAGGUGAAUGGUAAAGAGACAGGUUUCCCCCUGCCCGAGGCUGGCAUGCAGCUAAACUUCACCAACAGCACAGGUCUACGAUACGAAGCUGAGGAGGUCCGUCGCUGUCUGCUGAAAGGACUGAAGGAGAGUCCAGGGAUGCUGUGGGCUCACUCCAGCCUGUUAGCAGAAGUUAUAGAUGAGGCCAGAAGACAGCUGGGGGUGACAUAUGACCAGGACAACAUUCAGUGAUGUAUUCUCAAUGAUGUGGUGUAAUUUCAUUUAGUCGGCUGUGACAUGAUUUUUAAACAGUGUACACAGUAAUAAUGGACUGAGUUAACAAGAGUGAAACUGAACAGGCCUUUUUCACAGUGUUACUAGUAACAAGUAUCUAUUCAAGUGUCCCAGUAACAAUGGCAACAUGCACAAUACCAGAAAUGUGAAACUGAAGUAGAUAAAUGGCAUUCAGCCAUUAUUAGUUUUUAUUAAUCAUGCCAAUGUUUUUCCUACUGUGACAUAUGAAACUGUCAUCUGUGGGGAAAAAGCCUAUUGAGAUUAUUUGUAAUAGUAACCUUUUUCAGUUAAAGUUUGAAUUUUCAUCCAUUCAUUUUCAAGUAUUUUGUACAAAUUUAAUCAAGUUUUCAUCUGAGUUUAUUUGCUUAAAGAUCCCCUCCAGACAUGUUUUAAGGUGUAUAUUAAAUACUCUACUCUGAGUAAUAA